CUUUCAAGGCCAGCUCGGCGGUCUACCUCGUGUGUUUGCACCUUUGCGGCUGUCUGUUACCUGAAUUUGCACCUUCACGACCGCCGGUCUGUCUCCGGUGUCGCGGGUUUACACCUCCACAACCACUGGUCUGCCCCGCUCGCCGCCGGCAAUGGCCGGCCGGCUGCCGUGACCUCGGGUCAGUGAGAGGUCGUCCGGCGCACGGGGAGGAUCGCGCCGCGCCAGAGACAUGGAUCACCACCAGACCGCAGUCACAGUGUCGGCAUUGGCCGCCCUGUGCGUCCUCGCCGGCGCCCAGUCCUGGUCGGACGCCGCCGUCUGGGGCAGCGAUGAAGCCGCUGAACGCUCGGUGGCCGAGCUCGCGCCGUUUUUCCCAGGCCCCAGCUCCCGGGUACGCUGCCCGGUCGGCUGGUGGCUGCUGCUCGGCCAGUGUGAGGAUGUGGACGAGUGCCGCGACCCCGGCAGCCGGCCGUGCCCCGGUCUGCACACGGUGUGCCGCAACACGCCCGGCAGCUACCGGUGCCAGUGUCUGUCCCGGCACACGGGCGACCCGUACUCGUUCAUCGGCUGCCGGCCAGAUGAUGAAAUUUGCGACCAGUUCACGACCACACCGGUUGUCACAACUACCACUACCACAGACACUACCACCACGGACACUACCACUAUCACCACAGACACUACUGCUACGGACACCACCACCACUACCGUCACCGUCGACACGACCAUCACUACAACCACUACUACUCCGACUACUACCACUACCAUCGGCACCCCAACAGACACCACAACCACCACACCACGAGAGGGUACCAAUGUCCCAACUAGUGUCGCCACCACCACCACCACCACCACAAGCCCCAGCACCACCAUCACCACCACAAGCCCCAGCACCACCACCACCACAACAGAUGCCAGCACCACCACCACCACAACAGAUGCCAGCACUACCACCACAACACCAGAUGCCAGCACUACCACUGCAGGUCCUAGCACCGUAUCGUUUGCCGGCUCCAGCACCGACGGCUUCACAUUCGACUUCAACAUCACCACCACCGCCACAGCAACCACGGUCCCAGAGAUCCCCAGUGGCUACUCGCGCUGCCUGCUGAACGCUGAGAGCAGCACCUCGUUCUACCGCCUGCACACGGAGACGGCGCAGACGUGGGAUGACGCCAACGCCAUCUGUGCCGAGGACCACCCGAACGCCCACCUGGUGAAGAUCACAGACCAGUCUGUCAACGACUGCCUCAAAACGUGGUUCCUGUUCCAUACCAACGUCUACUACUCUUGGAUCGGCCUGCGGUUGCAGAACGGCGAAUUCCGCUGGACGGACGGCACGCUGGCGGCAGGCGUAUAUGAGAACUGGGAUACCAACGAGCCACAGAACCCGACCCAGCGCCAGUGCGUGCGGCUCUACAGCCUGGACGGCUUCUGGGAGACGGACGUCUGUUCGAGCCUCCACGCGUUCUUCUGCCAGAUCACCGUGUGACCUCAGUGGGCGGACGGCAUGUGACGUCAUCGACGGAAAUAUGACGUCAGUGAUGAUACGGGGCCGUGCUUUUUAAAAAGCUUAUCAGCUGGUCAUCGGAAAUCCAGAUUAGCUCUUGUGAAUGAAGCAUGCCAGUGAACCGCACUUGAUUCAAGUUACCAGCGCGGGCCAUGUCUGGGCCUGCGCCAGGUCAGGGGUGCAGGAGGCGUCGGCUAGUGCGGUAGAUGUCGCGCUAUUAGCGGCUGGUGUUCGACCGAGUGCCGUCGAAGUCUACCCCGGACCCCCUGGGCGCCGGCUGACAGGCAGACCCCGAAGUGAUAAACAUCCGUGGAGUGACUGAAGACAGUACCUCCCUGUUGUCUGUUGAUUCAUGAAGCAUGCCAUUUUAUUGUAAUCGCUUGCAUGUUAAAUAGUAAAUACACCCUACGUCGAAUGA